GAGAGACAAAAGUCAAUAACUGUGUUGUUGGUGGAGGGUCUCAAGUUAGUCACCGCCAUUAAAGUGAACCAAGCACUCACACAAGACAAAGUCAUUUCUUUCUCUCUCUCUAUCUCUUUCUUUUUUCACCGCCAACACUCUAGGAAUCUUUCAAGAUUAGGGUUUCUUUCUUGCAAAUAUUUUAAUAUAUCGGAUUAUCUGAAUUCUGAUUUCUUCAUGGAUGAUGAUGAGGGAAAGAGUGAUGAUGAUGUUCAUCAUCAUUUGACAUCAGCUGCUGCUUUUGUGGAAGGAGGAAUUCAAGAAGCUUGUGAUGAUGCUUGUAGUAUAUGCCUUGAAUCAUUCUGCGACACCGAUCCUUCUACAGUAACUAGUUGUAAGCAUGAGUUUCAUCUCCAGUGUAUUCUUGAAUGGUGUCAGAGAAGCUCACAGUGUCCUAUGUGUUGGCAACUUAUUAGUCUAAAGGAUCCAAGCAGCCAGGAGUUACUUGAUGCUGUAGAACAUGAGAAGAAUAUUAGGUUGAAUCCACCAACCAGAAAUACUACAAUAUUUCGUCAUCCAACCCUAGGGGAUUUUGAGCUACAACAUCUUCCAGGCAGUGCUACUACUGGUUCUGAACUUGAAGAGCGAAUAAUCCAACAUUUAGCUGCGGCUGCUGCAAUGGGUAGUAGAACACACCAUGUUGCUAGGAGAGAAUUAGGUCAUGAGAGGGGGUCCGAUGAUCAUGGUGUUCAUCCACAUUUCCUAGUGUUCUCCACCCAUCCAAAUACACCUCCAACUCAGAUCGGAGAAGAUGAACUUGAUCCUUCUGCUUCUGUCGCCAUAACUGCCCUACCUUCUUCAGUUUCAACUCAAGAUUCAGUAGCUGCCUCAGCAUCAGGCUCGACCAGCAUCACAACAUCUCACCAUGGAAGCUCCUCCUCCAACUCUUCGAACAAUCAUCAAUAUCCAAAUCAUCAAGAGAAGGCAGGACCAUCUGAUCUCCAGUCAAUUUCCGAGGCUAUUAGAUCUCGGUUCAAUACAUUGACAAUGAGGUAUAAAGAGUCUAUAACAAAGGGCACAAGAGGAUGGAAGGACAGAUUGUUGUCCCGAAACACGAAUAAUUCCGAAGUAAGAAAAGUAGGAGGGAUGAAUGAAGGAACAACAAGUGGUGCUGCUGCUGCUGUGUCAGGACAAACAGACAAUUCAAUAACAGAUUCUGUUGACAACCAUCAGUUAAUGGAGCCAAUCUGAUUCUUACAAAACAAUAAGUAAAAAUUGAAGUGUUUUCUUUGUUGAUCAGAACAAUUGUAUUGAAUCAACUGUCUCUACAUUGGUCUUAAAAUAUGUAAAUCUCACUUAUAAAUAGUUUUUCUCUUGAGAGUAAAAAUGAUGAUCUAUUAUUGUGGUGCUAA